AAUAUAGGUUUUAAAUUUACAAUACAGUGUUGCACUAUCUUUUCCAUAUUUGUGUUCCCUUAUCUAUGUAUUCUACAUCACGGAUAACUGGGAGCUGAACGAAUAACCAAGCUGAAAGGAAGGGGGGAGAAAGAAAUCUCUACCAUACCAGCUUUUCCAGAUUGCUGAGGGACAACUGUAUCCACUAAAGACGCUUCCCACUUACCUCAUAGGAUUGAGGUUACAUCUAACACGGCCAGGGCACUGCGUAAUCUGUUGGCGCUCUACAAAUAACCGAUAAUAAUAUCCGGUAUUGAUGUAACUGGAUUGAAUAAGGGAACCUUCUUCCUGAGCACAGACAUUGGAGCCUGUUAUCAGCAUGAACCCAUAUGUGUUAGACAAACACGUGAAUAGUUCAUUCAUUAAUGACUAUUCACAAACAUUGGGGAUAUCACAGCAGAUAUUUAAUGAAGAUGGUGAAUUUGCAGGAACUGGGCAGCAAUCAUUAUGUACAGAGAGUAAUUUAGUCAUCAAACAAGAGGACAACAUUUAUGACUUAUCUAGUGAAAUGAUUAUCCCUGAGGAUAAACCACAAACAUUUACUGAGUUUUCAAAAAAUGUUAAAGAAGAGAAAAGUCUACAGUCUAGCCAAAUGAUUCAUACAAAGGAGAAACAUUUCAAAUGUACAGAAUAUGAGAAAAUCUUUAGAUAUAAGUCUCAUCUACUAGAACACCACAACAUUUACACAGAUGAGAAGCCAAACACAUGUACUGAGGGUGUGAAAAGUUUUAUACAAAUGACAAAACGUAUAGCUCAUGAAAGGACCCACACAGGGGAGACACUAUUUAUCUGUACAGAGUGUGGAAAAAGUUUUACACGAAUGUAUAAUCUAAAAACUCAUGAAAGGAGUCACACAGGAGAAAAGCCUUUCAUAUGUACAGAGUGUGGAAAAAGUUUUACAGAAAAGAGUCAUCUGAAAAUUCAUGAAAGGAUUCACAGAGGAGAAAAGCCUUUCAUAUGUACAGAGUGUGGAAAAAGUUUUACAGAAAAGAGUAGUCUGAGAAAACAUGAAAGAUUUCACACAGGGGAAAAGCCUUACACAUGUACAGAGUGUGGAAAAAGUUUUACACAAAAGGGUGAUCUGAAAAAGCAUGAAAGGAGUCACACAGGAGAAAAGCCUUUCACAUGUAAAGAGUGUGGAAAAUGUUUUACACGAAUGGAUAAUCUGAAAAUUCAUGAAAGGAGUCACACAGGGGACAAGCCUUUCACAUUUACAGAGUGUGGGAAAAGUUUUACAGAAAUAAGUGAUCUGAAAAGUCAUGAAAGGAGUCACACAGGAGAAAAGCCUUUCACAUGUACAGAGUGUGGAAAAUGUUUUACAGGAAAGAGUAGUCUGAAAUAUCAUGAAAGGAUUCACACAGGAGAAAGGCCUUUCACAUGUACAGACUGUGGAAAAGGUUUUAUACAAAUAAGUAGUCUGAAAAAUCAUGAAAUGAGUCACACAGGGGAAAAGCCAUUCACAUGUACAGACUGUGGAAAAGGUUUUAUACAAAUAAGUAGUCUGAAAAAUCAUGAAAGGAUUCACACCGGGGAAAAGCCAUUCACAUGUACAGAGUGUGGAAAAUGUUUUACAGAAAAAAGUACUUUGAAAAAACAUGAAAGGAUUCACACAGGAGAAAAGCCUUUCACAUGUAUAGAGUGUGGAAAAAGUUUUGCAUAUAAGGAUAAUCUGAGAAAGCAUGAAAGGAUUCACAAGGGAAGAAACCUUUCACAUGUUUAGAAAGUGAAAAAAGAAUUUUAUUGAAAUCAGGUAUCACAAAACACAAAGUAUUUACACACAAAUAAACUUUAUAUACACAGUGUACAAACCUUUUAACAAUUAUCCUAAAUAGGGCAAACUCUGUAAAUAGAAGCAUCAAAUGAGAUAUUAUUGUAAAUAAUUCUAAAUCCCAGUUAUAAAAGCCCCAGAUUGGAAGAGCUCUCCUGCUGUCCUUUAUUCCUCUAUAAAUGUGCACCUCAGUUUCUCUCAUAUAAAUGUGAUAGAAUCCAAACACCACACAUGAAUAUACAAAUCUGUCCUCAUACUGACCAGUUUACACAACCAUUCACCCCAAAGCACCCCCAGUGUUGUUUAUUAAUAUGCCAGUGUUAGGAGUUGUACGUUCGAUAUACACAGAGGAGAAAAUAAUUACAUUUACAGAAUUAAGGAGUCUUUAUAUGAAUAGAGUGUUAGAGAAUUAUAUAAACAAGAACAUCAGUCUCAAAUGAUUGACAUCUGGCAGAUAUAUUUAAUGUGCACAUCAUGUGGAUAAACCUUUUCUUAUAGCAAUAGAUGCUUAGCAUUGUACAUGUUAUAUACCAGAGGAAUUACUGAGGGGAAACUGAUUUUAUUUAAUGAGACACAAUAUCAGUAACCGGUACAUACGUGAUCAUAAUCAGUUUAAUUUAAAUGGCUACUAUAACCUACAUGUAUACUGGGUAUGUAAUAUGUGUGUCAUGUGAUCAUAAUCAGUUUAAUUUAAAUGGCUACUAUAACUAAAGUGUACAUUAUAUGUCUAAUAAAUCCCUUUGUAUCAAGAGCACAAGUGUUAGGUAUAUUUAUACCAUUGUGUGCAUAUAUCAUGUAAUGCUGCUGUUUACUAUAUAAUGAUAUGUAAUGGUUUUUCCUGCAAAUAAAAAGUGAUUGUAAUCCA